CUUAGUUAGGGGGUCAGUAGUUGCUUAGGACGCGAAGGAAGCAAGUGGCUUAGGAGUUUACUGAGGGUUUUUUUCCCCUCACUCUCCUUUUCCGCCUUAGAUCUCUACCCUUUUUUUUCCCUUUAGUUUUGUUUUGUUUUUGCAAAGAGGGAAAAAAGAGAGACUACCAGCCCCGUCGCCAUUUCUGGAGUUUUAUUAUUUUUUUUCCUUUAAUUUAAUGUGUGUGGGGUGGUGUUUAAGGAUUGGUCCUUUUGAAGAUUCUUCUUCUCUUCGCGGCCCCGGUACCCUGGCGCCGGUUGGAUUGUAAAGACUGCUGCUGCUUUUCCUCCUCGUGUCUUUGGUUCCGAAGGGAAAGGGUCCGGUUGCCUUUUUUUUUUUUUUUUUUCCGAGAGUGGGAAGACUCUACCUGGGGAAACCCUUCUUGGAGGAGAUGAGAACCCGACUUCGCUAUGCCUUCGCCUUUCAGAGAGAAGGUUCAGAGGAGCCUUUGCUGACUUGAGUGAGAAAGAGAGAACGCGCUGAUUGCAGAGGAGAACUGAAAGAGAAGAAACUGAGAAACACUCCAUCGCCAUGAGUAGUGCUGUGUUGGUGACUCAUAUCUCAGACCCUAGCAGUAGCUUCAGAGAGGAUGCCCCUCGACCCCCAGUGCCAGGAGAAGAAGGAGAGACACCACCAUGCCAGCAGUCUGUCCACCUUGGUCAGGGCAAGAGCCCAGUCAUCAAAGCUGUGCCUAUCUCUUCCAACGCUAGGAGGAAUGAAGAUGGCUUGGGGGAGCCUGAAGGCAGGGCAUCCCCAGACUCCCCUCUGGCCAGGUGGACCAAGUCUUUACAUUCCUUGUUGGGUGAUCAGGAUGGGGCUUAUCUUUUUCGGACUUUCCUGGAAAGGGAGCAGUGUGUGGAUACCUUAGACUUUUGGUUUGCCUGCAAUGGAUUCAGGCAGAUGAACCUUAAGGAUACCAAAACUUUAAGAGUAGCCAAAGCAAUUUACAAAAGGUACAUCGAAAAUAACUGUAUCGUUUCCAAGCAGCUGAAACCAGCCACCAAGACCUACAUAAGAGAUAGCAUUAAGAAACAGCAGAUAGAUUCCAUCAUGUUUGAUCAAGCUCAGACUGAGAUUCAGACAGUGAUGGAGGAAAAUGCCUACCAGAUGUUUUUGACUUCUGAUAUAUACCUCGAAUAUGUAAGGAGUGGGGGAGAAAACCCAGCUUAUAUUAACAACAGUGGGCUUGGGAGUUUAAAGGUGGUCUGUGGAUAUCUCCCCACCUUAAAUGAAGAAGAGGAAUGGAGCUGUGAGGACUUUAAAGGCAAGGUUUUGCCUACAGUGGUUGGCCUGUCCAGCAAAACUCUAAGGGCUACAGCAAAUGUGAGGUCCACAGAAGUUGUUGAAAAUGGAUACAGAUCCUUCAAGAGGAAUGAUCCAAUUAAUCCAUAUCACGUAAGCUCGGGCCAUGUCUUUGCUCCGACAGCUAGCGCCAACGACAGUGAAAUCUCAAGUGAUGCGCUGACCGAUGACUCCAUGUCUAUGACAGAUAGUAGUGUAGAUGGAAUCCCUCCUUACAGAAUGGGAAGCAAGAAACAGCUACAGAGAGAAAUGCAUCGCAGUGUAAAGGCCAAUGGCCAAGUUUCUCUACCUCAUUUCCCGAGAACCCACCGCCUGCCUAAGGAGAUGACACCCAUAGAACCGGCCAUUUUUGCAGCUGAGUUGAUCUCCCGGCUGGAGAAGCUAAAGAAAGAACAAGAAAGUUUGGACAGUCUGGAGGAGAGACUACAGCAAAUCAAGGAGGAUGAAGAGAAGGAAGGGUCAGAGUUGCCAGUCAGCACUCGGGAGGUAGCUGCACAGCACCCACUUUCCCUGUUACCAUCUGGCAGCUAUGAAGAAGACCCCCAAGCUAUCUUAGAUGACCACCUGUCAAGGGUGCUGAAGACUCCUGGCUGCCAGUCCCCAGGCGUGGGGCGGCACAGUCCCCGUUCCCAUUCCCCUGACCACCAUCACCACUAUCAUCCUCUACUCCAACCCGGUGGACGACUGCCGCCUCCAGCCAUCUCCUCAGCUCUCUGCCCGCUUGGCAAAGGCUUUGUUACAAAGCAGAUGACUAAACAUGUAUACCACCACUACAUCCACCACCACACCAUCCCUAAAACCAAGGAGCAGAUUGAAGUGGAGGCAGCUCAGAAGGUGCAAUGCUUCUGCCUUGGGGGCACGGAUUAUUAUUUGUGCUCAAAAUGCAAGAGUCACUCCAAGGGACCAGAGCUGGCACCAGUGGAGCAGUUCAGCAGCCGAGGUAAUACCCUAUCAAAGCGGAAUGGGAAGGUGACAGAGCCUUGUUUGGCCUUGUCAGCCAAGGAAGGAGUCCCCGUCGGAACAGGGCUUCUUCAGCUACCUGGGAAUGAGGGGGACCGGUCACAGAAUGUCUGGCAGUGGGUGUUAGACAGUGAGAGACAGAACAAGCCCAAACCUCACAGUGCCCAGAACACAAAAAAACCCUAUCCUUUGGAGUCAGCCCGAGGAGCCGUUAGUGAUCGAGCCACCCGCCCCCAUCUGUGGGGGGGUAGCAUCGGGCAUUCCCGCACCAUGCCACAUACCCAUCCCUUCACACAAGAUUCUGGCAUAGCCCCCCUAGGUCCCCCUAACACCCUCGCUCAGCUGGAGGAAGCUUGUCGUAGGUUGGCUGAAGUGUCCAAGCCCCAAAAGCAACGGUGCUGUACAUCAAAUCAGCAAAAGGAUAAAAACCACUCUGCUGUUGGCCACAUGGGGGGUGCCUCCUUCUGUAACCCCAGCCUAGUCCUAGAAGAUCACAGAGAGCCAAAGAAACUGGCAAGUGUCCACUCCCUUCAGGCCAGUGAGCUGGUCGUCACUUACUUUUUCUGUGGAGAAGAAAUUCCGUACAGGAGGAUGUUGAAGGCGCAGAGUCUGACACUUGGCCACUUUAAAGAGCAGCUCAGCAAAAAGGGAAAUUAUAGGUAUUAUUUCAAAAAAGCAAGUGACGAAUUUGACUGUGGGGCUGUUUUUGAAGAGAUUUGGGAAGAUGAUACCAUACUCCCAAUGUAUGAAGGAAGGAUUCUGGGGAAAGUAGAAAGAAUUGAUUAAUUUUUAUUUUGGUGGUGGCGGGUAGUAAUGGAAACAACUUUUUGCAUCUGUUUCUUAAGCUAAAAAUAUCUGUCUUGGAAAUGACAAAAAAAAGGAUAUUUUGAAGGAAAAUUGAAUCAAUGAAGAAGAAAGAAAUCUAGGAAGACUUGGAAAGUCAGCCUUCGUUAUUCACUGGGUACGGAAAUAAGAAAAAGCCCUGAACUAUUUAUUAAAAAGAUGACCACUCUUGGCUAUUGAAGAUGCAAACCAUUUUUGAGAGACUUCCUUACAUAUCACUUCCUAGAGAUCUGAAAUCCAUAAACUAAGAAAAACUGUAUAGCUUCCCUGAACAGGAAUCCUUACUGAUAUUUAUUGAUCCUGGUAUUUCCUUUUACAUCCAGUUAAUGGAUAUGCUGCUUUAACAGUGGAGAGGGGAAAGAGGAACUUUGUUCUUUAGUUGUCCUAUUCAAAUGUAGGAGUUUAGCUCGGAGUGAAUUAAUGAUUUCUGUCAUUUAAAAGGAAUUAUGCUUUGCCCAGUAUUUCUCUAAGUGAAGUUAGACUGUUUUAAUGGUGCCCUACUAUGAGAGGCAGCAUGGUAGAGUGGAAAGAGAGCUGGCCUCAGAGCCAGGUGGACCUGGGUUUAAGUCCUGAC